UUUACUCACAGGCACCAAGAAAAUAGCCAAGCGCUGCCUGCACUGCGCUUCUGCUCUUUAACGUGGCAGAAUACAUCCCAGAGUCUUCAGAUACAAUGAGGACCAGGCUGAGAAUGCUCAUUUCAGCAGUCGUAUUGGUAUCAAUGGUGCUCUCAGCAUCUGGUGCACACUAUCAUACUCACAGGCAUCACAGACUGGAGGAUGUAGCACUUACUGAGGAAACCGAUGUAAGGGCACAGAGGAAUAAGAGAUCGACAAACGGAGACGAUGAUAAAAACGCCCUUAUGCUUGCUGACGCGCCAGAUGACUCGGGCCCACUGCAGCCUGUGGGAGACCCUUCAGAUCUUCCGACCUGUCUACUGUGCGUGUGUCUAACUGGAUCUGUUUACUGUGAGGAAGUGGACCCAGAUAUGACAUCAGUGCCUACUUUGCCCAAGGAGACAAACUACCUCUAUGCUCGGUACAACAAGAUAAAGAAGAUAACAGCCAAAGAUUUUGGAGAUAUCGUGACUCUGAAGAGAAUCGACUUCACUGGAAACAUCAUUUCUGAGAUUGAAGAUGGCGCGUUUGCAAAGCUAACCAUGCUAGAGGAGCUCUCGCUUGCUGAAAACCAGUUGGCCAAACUACCAAUGCUACCGGCAAAAUUAACCGCCUUCAAUGCCAAUCACAACAAACUGAAGACCAAAGGAGUCAAGGCAAACGCUUUCAAGAAAUUAAACAAACUGCUACAUCUGUAUCUUGCUCACAAUGAACUGGAGGCCGUUCCUCUCAUUCCGGAGAUGGUCCGCACACUUCAUCUUCAGAACAACAACAUUUCAACCGUGUCCACAGACACCUUCUGCAAAAGUAACGACACUUACUACAUACGUCCCAACAUGAACGAGAUCCGUAUGGAUGGAAAUCCCAUCAACCUUGGCCAGUACCCCAACAGUUUCAUAUGCCUGCAGUCUCUUCCAAUUGGGCGAUACCAAUAAAAACAGAUUUAAAUGUAUAACGCAGUGAGAAGUCCUUGGAUAUCCAAUGACGAUGACUUAAACCACGAAGAAAAAGUCAUUCAAUCUCCUGGUGCCUGUGCACUACUGAGUGUACAAAAAGCCGAGAGAAUCUGUACUAUAUAUCUAUAUGUAACAGCUGCCCAAACACUUAGAUUUCCUUUUGAUAUUGACUUUGUAGAUGAACCUGAAACACAAGUCUUUAAAAGAAUAACUUUAUAUCCACUGUAAAUAACCAUUGGAAGCUACUGCUUUGUAAAAUGUGAGAUCAUGAACAGAUGCAGUCAAGCUUCUAGUAUUUCUCAGAACUCUGUGAAUUUUUGACACUUUCUAGUACUGUUAAUAUGUCUUAUUUGGCUGAAAUUAAGAUGCCUGCUAAGUUAAUUUGAGGGUAAGGAAACCAUUCCAAGUCCCAAGACGCUGGUCUUUCCAACUGACCUUUUUUAUUGUUUGAAUAUUAUUUAUAUGCUAAAUCUGUAAUUACUACCUAUGUGUGAAUUAAACAUGAAUAGACUGUACAGUAAAA